CAGGGCGGGGAGAACAGUUGCCGAAUCGACACUACAAUACUUACGCGUAUUUUUGUCGAAACCGUCGUGUUCGUGACUCGGACGCGGGUGAUAUUGCGAAAUUAUUGUGUGUUUCUGUGUUCGUUUAUGUUGUCUGUGUUAUUAUUUGUGCAUAAUGGUGAUUUAGUGGUGAAAAACGUGAAAGGACUUUAGGGUAACAAUGUCUAGCAGUUGACAUGUUUAUCUGUGUCGUGUGUGAAGAUUUUCCCUUCGCGUGAGGAGGUGCGGUGUCAUAGUGUGCGGCGCGCGCUGGUGUGCGUGCCGCGGUCGUGGAUACACGGGACCCAAUGAUGGAUUGCAUUUUCAUGGAUGUAUAGAAUGUGGAAUCUACCACCGAUCCAUCAAUGAAGGUAACAUUCAUCUGACCACAACAAACAAUGCGGUCACAAACAUCGAAACCUGUACCUAAGAAAGGGGCAGUAAGUAGAACAAAAUUUAAGGCAAGCUCUAAUGUCAAACAGGCCAAGAAGAAAGCUGCAACGCAAAAGAAGGUCAAAAACAUUGCUAAUAAAACAUUAGCAAAAACCCCUAAGAAAAGUUUGGCUAAAGAUGAUACUUCUAACAAAAACGAUGAAGAACCUUCUUCAGGAGACAAAAACGAAUCACCUCCUGAAACUUCCAAGCCUGGCCCUUCCAAAUCAAGUCCUAGAAGUACAUCACCGGCGAAAAAAGCUAAAAAGGAUCCCAAAGAUAAGAAAGAUAUGGCUAAUACUAAUACGGAAGUAGCUGCCAAGAAACCUCCUAAAAAGACAACCAAAUCUGGCAAAAAAGUGAACAAAAAUUCAAACAUCAAAAAAGCUGAAACAAAAGUUGAUGAUACAAAGUACAAAAUUAAUGUAGAUGCCGCUAAGAAGACCCCCGCAAAGUUAUGUAAAGCUAAAACUGUGGUUAAAAAAGUAAAUACAAUAAGUCAAAAGAAAAAAGCUACAACUAAUAAUAAGCCAGAAGUGCAACAAAAAGAAGACUGCGACAAAAAUAAGGAAAAAGAUAAUUCGAUCAAAAAUGAAGAUGAUGAAAAACCUAAUGUUAGUAAAGAGGUAGUAACUGAGAAAUUGGAGACUAAUCUUGAAGAUAAAAUUAAAGUAGAACCCAAAACUGCACCAACAAGCGCUACGGAUAUUUCUACGAAUGUGUCAACAAUAACAAUAGAUACGCCCAAAACUGAAACAGAAAGGCCCUUGAAAUUCUUUACUUCCAGCAGAACACCAAGAACUGUUGAUAUAGAUGUUAAAUGCUGUAAAACUUCCAAAGGAAAUUUAUCUGUUUCAGAAAGAUUUCUAUCUAUGAAAGUAGAAACUAAAACUGAUGAUGACAAUAAAGAAAAAAGUACAUCAAAUACGCUAGUCUCUCAAGGCCCUGAUAUUGAUGUUUACACCUUCACUGAAAAGGUUGACUCUCCAAAAAGUAUAUUAUCUGAUUUUCGCAGUCCUGUUACUAAAAACGUUGGAAGAGUACGGCCCAUAGCUAGAGUCAAAGGGACUGUCAUUGAUAAAAAGACAGAAUCCGAGAAGAAAAAGUAUUCGCCUCAUCGCCCUAUAGAAGAAGUCGUAAAACAAUUGAAAGCUAACAAAAGGACCGAAGAAGUUAAUGCCUCUGCGACACAAAUUCCAAUCAGUACAUCUAAUGAUCAGUCAGGGGCGGCAAAUGAACAAAAAGAUUCAGAAGAUAAUCCAAAACCAAUUGUAAGUAAAUCAUAUAAAAUGGUGGCUCGUAAAUCAAGUGUGACAGGAAAACCAUUUAGCCCAAUAAAAUUUUUGUACCAAGAGCCAACUUCUAGCAAAACGGAAAAAUCACCGAAGACUACUUCCCCUGUUGUUACAAAGAAACCACCUCCUAAACCUAAAAAGCAGCAGAAGAAACCAAGUAUAUCUGAUGAAGAGAUUGAUACUUCCAAAUUCGCUUUAAACACUUCGUUUCAUUAUGCCUCUUCAGAUGAAAGUGUUAAUGAAUCUAACGAUGACAAUGAUACCAAAGAGUCUUCCGGUUCAGAUACACCUAAAACCAAGAAAAUGAAAAAUAAAAAAUAUAAAAGAAUAACUGAUACUGCCAAGAAAGCCACAACAUCAAAGGAGUUAAAAGAACUUUCUAAAGACUCCUUAGUUGAUCUCAAAGAUAACUCACUGCUCUUAGGUGAAAAACCGAGUAAAAGACGACUCAAACUGUUAUCUAUGUGGGCUGGGCCUAAAAAACAUAGAAUGGCAUCUCUUAAUGCUAUGGCUAAAGUACAUUGCUUAUACGAAAAUGAAAGUCGUACACAUAUGGAGUUAGGUUUGAUGAAGACCGUUGAUAGACAAGCCAUUCCAGGUACGUCUAAACAAAUAGUUACUAAAAAGAAAGACUGUAAGAUGAAAGAGUCAGAAAAACUUACGACUUCAAACUCGGAAUCUGAGUAUGAAUCGAAGGCUGAGAAAAAAGAUGAGAGCUCUGAAAGUUCUGAUGACAACCCUCCUUCACGCACUCUGCGUGGGGUCCCAGGUAUCCGCAGCGCGGGUAAAUACUGGGAUCCGAAGUCCUCGACUUCGUCCAGCGAAGAUAGUGAGCUUGAAACGAAAAAGAAAACCAUUAGUCCUGAGAAAAAGAAAACUAUCACCAAAACUGCGGCCGUAAAAUCUGACGUUGAGAAACCUCCAGCAAAAAUGAAAAAAUCACCUGGAGCCCCUGUGAAAAAGAAAAGAAAUCGUAAUGAAGUAGUGAUGGAUCUGAAGGACAUGGUAGUACAAAAACGGAUGGCCAGUUUGAAUGCGACGGCGAUCUUAGCUGCUAGCUAUGAGAAACGAUCGCCUAAAUCUAGUAAAGAUGACACGUCAUCAGAUUCUUGUAGUGAUGAGUCUUUUUCUCAGAAGCCAAAAAACGGGGUAGGUUCCGGCGUGAAGUCGGAAAGUAAAUUAGAAGAAACUAAAAAAGAGUUCGAUGAGGCCUCGUUAACAGACAGGAAACAGAAGGUUGAGGUGAUCGUCAACCAAGACACUGACGUUACCAUAACUGGAGUGUACUCGACUCAUCACGAGGGGUUUUGCACCGCAAUGCAAUACCGAAUCUCCUCUACGAGCCACACGCAGACCACGGCCACAGCAAACUGCGAAAAGGAGGGUUGCUCGCGUGAGGAUGGCUCCCGGUACACUCCACUAUCAGCUCUGUCUUCCAUGCAGCCACCAGCGGAACACGCUCAUAAUCAUCCUCAUCCAGUCCCAGAGCUGGGAGGCUUGGCUCGCCGCGCCGCCGGGUGCUCCAGUGCCUUCUCCGCGCCCUCGCCCUCUGCUCAUCAUGAACCAGGUAAGGCGGCAUGCACCUGCAGACUGUGCGACACUAUGACGCGCUAUCCGUACGGCUACUACCAGCCAGCGGGCCCGCUCAUCAAGGAGAGCGGCGCGGACGCCGAGCGCGCGCUGGCCCGCUACCACCCGCCGCCGCACUACCACGCGCCGCACCCUUCCGUGCUCCAGCAAUACGGCGCCCCGUACUACCCGGCGGCAGAACUAUGCUACGGCCGGUACUACAGGCCUUCGGGACCAUACCACAUGCCGCCUCCACAGCCCGAUGCUCCAAUGGUAGGGGUAGGCAGCGAACCUUAUCCCCCGCCACAAUACUAUGGUACUCCCCCAUGUUACCAACACUCGCCGCAAAGGAUACCAUACGUAGAAUAUCGCGGAUGCCCGUGCCCACUAAACGCGUGUCCAAAAAACGUCCUUAUUGGGCCCGCUACUGGUAAAGCCCCAGCUGGUGGCGGCCCGGACGUCCCUUCGGCCCUCGCGCCGCCCGGGGGCGCCUUCCGAGCGAAGGUGCGGGCGUGCGCCCUCGACGCUGUCGCUGACACACACGGCAGCGGGAAGGACCCUCCGCUGGAAUCAGAACCACCGGCCGCAGCUGACGCUCCACACCCCUGUCCGCUACCAGCUAUCGGAGGCGCAUCACCCAAGCGCGAACUGUACGACGUCCGCGACAACCUCCGGCUGGUGGGGGACAUCCCGGGCCCCGCUGAGCCAAUUGGCCCGCCCUCCCCUGCGAGGGGCUCAGCGGGGGCCUGCGCUCCCCAGCCGCCCCCCGCGGCACCCAGGCGGGCCCGCCUAGGCAAGGACAUGGCGCGGAAAUCUCUUGCCGGCGACGACACCGGACUACUCCUCUCCGCACCCCAAGCUCCCCUGCUGGUCCACAGCAGCGACGCCGAUGAUGACGUCAUGGCGAUCUCACCCCCAGUCUGCGCUCCCAUUGAUCUCUCCUCCUCCGAUGAACGAUCCACCCCUCUAGUUGACGUCAAAAAAGAAAACGAGGGCCCCACUAACGCGCUAUUGCGUAAAACCGACGCUCUCGCUCUCAGAGAACACAACUGCACAGCAGUCUCUGAACAAAACAUGGACGUCACGGAUUCCGCGAAAGCAGUCAAAAGGCGAUAUUCCAGGCCGAAGCUGGAAAUAGACAUGAAGGAUACGCAACUGGAGGAUGGUUGCAAAACGAAUUGCAUCGGGGAACACGUGAAAUUGCAAAAGCGCCGAAAAGUAUCAGGGGAACAGACUGACGUUCGAUUGGAAACUAUAACGAAGGAGCCUAAGAAGAAAACGUCGCCGGCUAAAAGAGUGCCUAAAACACCGUCGACAGAAAAGAAACCGCUCAAAAGAAAACUGGAGAGCGUGGCGGCCGGAUCACGGGCAAAGAAGGCACUCGUUGAGACAGCCAACGAAGACCCGCGCCUGAAGAACGUAGCCGCUGUCCCCGAAGACCUUGCGGUGCCUAAGCCGAAAACUAAGAGUGCAUUGCUGCUGGAUAACCUCAUCAGAAAGAACAGCAUCGACAGGCCUGACGCGAAGGGCUUGUCCGAAAGAAAUCUGAAUCCAGCGGAGCUGUUCCUCUCGCCCGACGAGAACGUCGCUCAGAGUUGCGCGAAGAAAACCAACAUCAACAACAACGUCGUGGACAGCGCCAACGCGCCCGUCAACGGCGUGCGGCCCAACACCAUCGCCGCCGUCAGCCAGCUCAUAGGGAAGAAGCUCGCGUACAAAAACCCCUGCAAAGUCGAGAAGAUCGACUCGAAUAUAACGCACAACCUCAAAUCAGUAUUAAAAAGGCCCACCGUGAAGUCGUCGGACGACGACUGCAAACCCUCAGAGAGGCGGUCGUCCGAGGACUGCGUAGUGGUUCCGGAGAAGAGCGAGGAGGCGGUUAAGGAUGUAGAAGUGCCGAAGGAGGAUAAAGUCGAAGCGGAGAAGCCAAAAGCGAAGGCGGUUUUGAAGACGGACGCCGAAGAAUCUCAGAAGCGGAGCGAGGUGGAGGAGGAAACGGAAAAAGAUAAGGGGAAGGGGAAAAGAAAGGGGAAGGGGGAGUUAAAAGAUAAGGUGGUGAAGCUGCUAGUGUCGAAAAAGCCAGGGCUGAAGGCUGAUGAAGCUGCGUUGGUGGUGGAAGACGCUUGUACGACGAGCGGCUCAGUGCGGCGCACGCGGCGCCGGCGCAGCGGGCUGGUGGUGCGGCGCCAGCGCCGGCCGCCCGCGCCGCCGCCGCCGCCCGCCAGCGAGCCGCGUGCACCGCCGCGCUGGAGCAACGGCUGGAGUUUCGACGGCGAACACUACUUGUCCAAAGUCUACCUCAAUAACGACUCGCGCCUGGACCGCACUGCGCGCUGCUGGGCGCGCAUGACGCACGCAAGCGGCGACAGCGUGGCGCGCGGCGACUGCGUGCUGCUGCGCGCCUCGCUCGCGCGCGCCCAGCCCUUCGUGGCGCGCGUCGCGAGUCUGUGGCAGAACCCGGACGACGGAGAGAUGAUGGUGUCCCUUGUCUGGUACUACCGGCCGGAACACACGGAGCACGGGCGGCAGGCGGUGGACGCGCCCGACGAGGUGUUUGCGUCCCGCCACCGCGACGCCAACUCCGUCGCCUGUAUUGAGGACAAGUGCUAUGUGCUCACCUUCAACGAGUACUGUCGAUACAGAAAACGGCUAAAAGCAGCCGAGGAGGGCCUGACGAUCGCGCCAUCGAUCGUGCCGCCGCUGCCGGCCGCCGACUACAACCCGGCGCUGGCCCCCAACGACGUCAGGCUGCCCCCCUCCGUGUCCCCCGAACUCGUUCUCUUCUGCCGCAAGGUCUACGACUUCCGAUCCAAGAAGAUCCACGUCCCCAACAAAUGAACCCGGCCCCGGGACCCCUGGAUCAAGUCGACAGCCCUCCGGCCGAGCCGAACCGUGGGUGCAUUUUUAUAAGUAAUUUCUAAGAACGAACACCAAAGUUACGUUACGGAGUUUUCUUUGCCGGCGGCGGCCGUGUAGUGUCCCCCACUUAGUACAAAGCGACGGUCCGGCGCAACGUAGAUGUGUGACCCGCGCCAUUUAUGUCAGUAUCGUUGUGUUUAGUGAUCGCCGAUUGGUCGUUACUUUGCUUGUGUCGUGAUUGCAGUAGAUAUUCCUUUAAUGUAUAUUAAACAGUGAUUUGCUGUAUUCGAUUGAUUUUAUGAUGAAUAUUUUUUAUCAAAGGAUGCCUUUUAUAAUGUGUAAGUAGUUGUAAGUGAAUCAUGAUCGACGAUAGACUCAUGAUUGUGGUAAUAGCGAUAUAUUUCCUUUUGCUUCGGGACGUAACUUGUCCCAAUUUGUCUCAUUUUGGUAGCAUUAAUAUUGAAAUGGUGUGAGUGCCAGAUGUCUGUAACAUUAACUUGUAUGGCUGGUACGAUUUUGUUUUACGAUUAAGUUUCUUUUUGGCUAUUUAAAAAAAGCAUUUAUUUAACAAUUUACUUUUAAUUGUUAUAACUGUUAUAAAAGUAGAGUCUAUAUUAAAUUAUUCUUUUAUUAUUUAAGAACAUGAAACAAAAUCGUCAUUGUGAAUAGUGUCUGCAGGCCAGUUGAGGCGUGCAUUACAAUCAUACCGUGUUCACUUCUUAUACAAAAGUGAGCACCGUAUUACCACAAAAGAUACAACAGCCAUUUGACGUAAAUUUAUAGUCAAAAUAAUUUCAUCACAAAAAUUUUAACUAAAAUCUUGAUGCUCACUUUAAUGCCAUCACUUCUACCGUGGUGGUGAAUAUACAAGUAUUAUGAAUCCCAUACUGUAAAAUUCAUUUGAGCCGUUUGUCAGCAGUAGACUUAUUUUGUAUGAACUGGCUGAGCUUAGCCUGUAUUUGUAAUGAAGAUAAUAAAACCAUGCCUUUAAAGGAAUUGAUUUAUCGAUUGCAUUUUGGCUUCGAUCAUUCAAAUUGGUUUACUGAAUUCGCAAGAGCUCUCAGUACUUUUACAAAAAGACUGAUUUUGCAGAAGUGAAAUAUUUGUUGUUUUGUCCAGUACCUGUGUCAAUUCCGGAUCUUACCACAUUGCGAUUAUUUUCCAUUGCGUCAGCCAACAUAAAAAUAAACAAGUGGGAUCAUUGUAACAUAUUUGAAUGUAAUAUUAGUGCAUAGAUGUAACAAAAACACUUUGAAUGCAAAGAGAUAUAUUGUAUGAAUGUCAUAGUGAAAUCUCUUUAUCAUUAGAAACAUAAUUUUUAAGUAGUGCGGAUUUAUGAAAUAAAGAUUUAUUAUAUUAACGUUGUGAUUCCCGCGUGGAUGUUUGUAAAGGGCAUUUAUACGUUUGCAAUUUGUACCUAUCUCAUUCUGUCUUCACUAUUUCUUACAAUGUAUCUCUCAAUUAGGUUCGUCUGUCCUUCGGUUGAUGUAUAUUAAAUUAUGUUGUACAUAGAACUCUUAUUUUUGUGAGUAGGUCUUGAUCAUGUUAAUAAAUUAUUGUUCUUGCCAGUGAGAUCAUUAUCCUAAUAAGAAGGCAUCUGAAACGGCUAGAUGUUUAUUUCGAAUGCUCCUGCGUUCGAUGGGAACUGAUAUUUACAUUCCUCCUACAAUCUUAAUAUGUAACAUUGCGUGCAUUUCUAUGAGAGCACACGUUUAAUACGGUACGGGAUGGUGAAAAACUCAAUAUAUCCAUACAAAGUACCCCAUCUUGAUACUGUAUUAUGCAGCAAUGAAAAAGUUAAAUAAAGCACGAAGUUUUAAAACCACCAAAGCCGUUUACAACGCUAUUAAAAUAACUACUAUCAUCACAAUCUCACUAGUUGUCUAUUCCAAAGCUUUCUUUAUCUAUUCUUUUUUCGUUGCUUGAUGCCAAAAAUUUAGCUGCAAAAAUUCUAUUAUUCAGUAAAGAUACAAAUUUCCUUCUAUUUAGGUUACACGGAUGGCAGCGGAGUUUGCGCAUGAUUUACCAACUAUUCUAUAUUUAUUCAAUAGGGAUUUUGAGACCAUAAACAAUAAAUUCCAAAGAUGUUAUCUUCAAAAGAAAAAAUGAAUAUGUUUAUUUUCAAAAUCAUGUUAGUAAAUACUAUUCUUUAGCCAAUUGACAAAAAAGUGACGACACCCUAAUAAUUUUUUGAAGUCAACUGGCACAUCAUUCUGGUUUCCUAAAGUUUUUGUACUUACAUAAAAAAAAAUUGUUUUGAUUCUAAAAUACUGUUUUGACUAUUUGGGCGCCUUCAAAUUAGAGGCGUGAAGAAGAAGCGUUGCAGUGCCGCCACUGUGGCUACGUCUCUAAUUUGAAGGUGCCCUAAGUGUCCAUUGAUUGGUGAUGUCAACGUGCCUAUUGUUGUAAGAAAGCCCUAACAUUGAAAUAAUGAUCAUAUUUUAUGUUGAGACCUCGAUAAGGCACUUUUAGACAAAGGUGAAAAUGGACGGCCACCGAUGUUGGACUUUGAAACAACCAUAGUCAGAUUAGAGAAACAAGAAUUUCAUUAAAUACCGACUUGAAUAAAUAUUUUGAUUCCAUUUAUCGUGUUACCUAUGCGCAGAUUACGCUGACAUUGCUACUCAUUAUCUAUUAAUUAUUAGAAUUAAUGAGUGAAUUCCAUAAUAAUAAUGUUACUAUAAGUGAGCUCUCCCUUGCUUGUAGCUGUUUUUUUUAAUAAACCUGUUACCUUAAAUGGAAUUUACCUCAUUAAUCACGUUUUUUUAGUCAAAUGAUUUUUAGGAUAGGUUUACUAAUAAGAAAAAAAAAUACCUUGUUUUUAUUAUUUAUUUUGUUUCAAUGGAAAUUAUAUAGGUAUAUUUUUAUUAUUGUAACCUACAUAGUUAUGUUGGCUGUAAUUUAAUAUUGAUGUAAUUAAUAUAUGUAUUUUUAUUUCAAAAUGUCUUUUAUUAAAGUAGAAGCGAUACCCUGCCUUCAAAAUAACAACAACUGAUUCAACAGUAAAUAUCGAUUAUUUAUUUACUAACACGUCCAAGCAUAAGUAUACAACUUUAUAAUACACUUUCAAAGUGAAUACCUACAUAAGUAUUCAAAAUAGUCAAAACCCACAUACAUCGACAUACAACAUACAUCAAUUUAUUACAAAGAUUAUACACAAUGGUAAAAACCUUCGGAUAUAAAGUAGUAUGUCAUGCACGCAACAGCAUCAGUACUUAUCAAUCGAUCCGAAUAUUGUAACAGAUAAAUACUAUACACAGGGUGAUCUUUCCCUGUAAAUUUUAAACAUAGGCCAACCAAUACUGCUACGUUUCUAUACAUUACUAAUUGUAUUAUUAUAAACAUGUUAUCUGAAGCUAGAACGAGCAGCGUGUGGUGGGGCAAAUCGGUGGCAGUCGCUUGUUCGUGUAAAAUAAAUAUCAUCUGUCACAAAAAGUUGGAAUAUUAAUUUAUUAAUUGAAGAAGAAAGAAAGAAGAAACAACAAACUGAUAGUGCGCCGAGGGCGUAGAUACGCUUCGAUCAAAUUCAGUGAUGUAGAUGGCGUUAUAUGCGAGAAAAAAUACAGACUGUAAGGUAGUUGGCAAAAGUUUAGAUAACAUUGAUUUCAGGAGAUCAUUCUUCCGAGUUUAAAACUGGUGAAACUUUAGCGAAUUAUUAUUUUAAAGAAUCGAAUGAGUGCGAAAAAUAAAAAAUAAGGAGAAAUCACUUGCAUUUCCGAAAAAGAUAGCGAGUUCCGGACAGCGGGUGUUUGGACUUCAAUAGUUUUUGCCGACUUCACAUCCUGUAUUUAUGAAGUACGUUGAUUCGAGAACAUAGAAACGACCUGUGCAUGCAUACAACUACUGCAUGCUGAACUAACUAAAAAUAACUAUUUAUGAUCACAAAUAUCACGUAAAAGCUAUUGCUUGACCAAUUUAGCUACAUAUACAGAGCAGACCUAAAUAAAACAUUCAUUAUAA